AGCGUCAACUCUGACCCAAGCCUAGGUUGACCAGAAGGGAGCAGGUAGGCAGACAGAUCUGACCCUUCUUGGAUCCUCCAGCCAUGAGGCUCCUCUGGGGGCUGAUCUGGGCAUCCAGCUUCUUCACCUUGUCUCUGCAGAAGCCCAGGUUGCUCCUGUUCUCUCCUUCCGUGGUUCAUCUGGGGGUUCCCCUAUCGGUGGGGGUGCAGCUCCAGGAUGUGCCCCCAGGACAGAUAGUGCGAGGAUCAGUAUUCCUGAGAAACCCAUCCCAUAAUAAUGCCCCCUGCUCCCCAAAGGCGGACUUCACCCUCAGCUCUGAAAAAGACUUCGUACUCCUCAGUCUCCAGGUCCCCAUGAAAGACAUAAAAAACUGUGGCCUCUACCUCCUCCGCGGAGGCCCUGGGGUCCAGCUGGUGGCCCAGUCACCAUGGCUGAAGAACUCUCUGUCCAAAACGACAGACAUCCAGGGUGUCAACCUGCUCUUCUCCACUCGUCGAGGGCACCUCUUUCUGCAGACUGACCAGCCCAUUUAUAACCCUGGCCAGAGGGUUCGGUACCGGGUCUUUGCUCUGGAUCAAAAGAUGCGCCCAUGCACUGAGGCCAUCACAGUCACAGUAGAGAACUCUCACGGUCUCCGUGUGCGGAAGAAGACGAUGUACAUGCACUCAUCCAUCUUCCAGGAUGACUUUGUGAUUCCAGACAUCUCAGAGCCAGGCACCUGGAAGAUCUCAGCCCGAUUCUCAGACAGUCCAGAAUCCAAUAGAAGCACCCAGUUUGAGGUGAAGAAAUAUGUCCUUCCCAAUUUUGAGGUGAAGAUCACCCCUGGAAAUCCCUACAUCCUGACAGCACCUGGCUAUCUUGGUGAAAUCCAAUUAGACAUCCAGGCCAGGUAUAUCUAUGGGAAGCCCGUGCAGGGGGUGGCAUAUGUGCGCUUUGGGCUCCUGGGUGAGGAUGGUGUAAAGACUUUCCUUCGGGGGCUGGAGAGUCAGACCAAGCUAGUGGAUGGCCAGAGCCAUAUUUCCCUCUCAAAGGCCGAAUUCCAGGGUGCCCUGGAGAAGCUUACUAUUCCUAUUGCUGAUCUCCCAGGGCUACGUCUUUAUGUUGCGGCAACCAUCAUUGAGUCUCCAGGGGGGGAGAUGGAGGAAGCGGAGCUCACAUCCUGGUGUUUUGUGUCAUCUCCUUUCUCCUUGGAUCUUAGCAACACCAAGCGACAUCUUGUGCCUGGGGCCCCCUUCAUGCUGCAGGCUGUGGUCCGUGAGAUGUCGGGCUCUCCUGCCUCUGGCAUUCCUGUCAAAGUUUCUGCAACGGUGUCUUCUCCUGGGCCUGUUUCUAAAAUCCAGGACUUUCAACGAAAUACAGAUGGGAGUGGCCAAGUCAGCUUUCCCAUCAUUAUCCCUCAGCCUGCCCUAGAGCUGCAGCUUUUGGUGUCUGCAGGCUCCCCCCAUCCAGCUACAGCCAGGCUCACUGUGACAGCCCCACCUUCAGAAGGCCCUGGGUUUCUGUCCAUUGAGCGACCAGAUUCUCGACCCCCUAGUGUUGGGGAAACUAUCAACCUGAACUUGCGAGCUGUGGGUGUCAGUGGGGACACCUUCUCUCAUUACUACUACAUGAUCCUAUCCCGGGGUAAGAUUGUGGCCAUGAAUCGAGAGCCCCGGAGGACCCUGACCUCAGUCUCCGUGUUUGUGGACCAUCACCUGGCACCUUCCUUCUACUUUGUGGCCUUCUACUACCAUAGAGGCCUCCCAGUGGCCAACUCCCUGCGAGUGGACGUUCAGGCAGAGGCCUGCGAGGGCAAGCUGGAGCUGAGCUUGGACGGCACCAAGGAGUACCGGAAUGGGGAGACUGCAAAGCUCCACCUGCAAACUGACUCCCCAGCCCUGGUGGCACUGGGCGCUGUGGACACAGCUUUGUAUGCUGUGGGCGGCAAGUCCCACAAGCCUCUCGACAUGGGCAAGGUCUUUGAAGUUAUGAACAGCUAUGACCUCAGCUGUGGUCCUGGGGGUGGGGACAACGCCCUUCAGGUGUUCCAGGCAGCGGGUCUGGCCUUUUCUGAUGGCGACCAAUUGACCUUACCCAGAAAGAGUCUGAGCUGUCCUAAGGAGAAGACAACCCGGAAAAAGAGAAAUGUGAGCUUCCAAAAGGCAAUCAGUGAAAAAUUGGGCCAGUAUGCUUCCCCGAUAGCCAAGCGCUGCUGCCAGGAUGGGCUGACACGGCUGCCCAUGCCACGCUCCUGCGAGCAGCGAGCAGCCCGUGUGCAGCAGCCAGUCUGCCGGGAGCCCUUCCUGUCCUGCUGCCAGUUUGCUGAGAACCUGCGCAAGAAGAGCAGGGCCAGCAGGCCCACGGGCCUCGCCCGAGCCAUGGAGGUCCUGCAGGAGGAGGACUUGAUCGACGAGGAUGACAUUCUUGUACGCAGCUUCUUCCCAGAGAACUGGCUCUGGAGAGUGGAAAGUGUGGACCGUUCCCAAAUAAUGACACUGUGGAUCCCCGACUCCCUGACCACAUGGGAGAUCCAUGGCGUGAGCUUGUCCAAAAGCAAAGGCCUGUGUGUGGCCACGCCAGUCCAGCUCCGAGUGUUCCGCGAGUUCCACCUGCACCUCCGCCUGCCCAUGUCUGUCCACCGCUUUGAGCAGCUCGAGCUGCGGCCUGUCCUCUACAACUACCUGGAUAAAAACCUGACCGUGAGCGUCCACGUGUCCCCAGUGGAGGGACUGUGUCUGGCUGGGGGUGGAGGGCUGGCCCAGCAAGUGCUGGUGCCUGCAGGCUCUGCCCGGCCUGUUGCCUUCUCUGUGGUGCCCAUGACGGCUGCCGCUGUGUCCCUGAAGGUGGUGGCUCGAGGGUCCUUCGAUUUUCCUGUGGGAGAUGCAGUGUCUAAGGUUCUGCAAAUUGAGAAGGAAGGGGCCAUUUACACGGAGGAGCUGGUCUAUGAACUCAAUCCCCUGGACUACAAACGCCGGACCUUGGAAAUUCCUGGCAACUCUGAUCCCAACAUUAUCCCUGAUGAAGAUAUCAGCACCUUUGUCAGGGCUACAGCGUCUGAUCCAUUGGACACGUUGGGCUCUGAGGGAGCCUUGUCACCAGGAGGCCUGGCCUCCCUCCUGAGGCUUCCCCAUGGCUGUGGGGAACAAACCAUGGUCUACUUGGCUCCAACACUGGCUGCUUCCCGUUACCUGGACAAGACAGAGCAGUGGAGCAUGCUGCCCCCCGAGACCAAGGACCAUGCAGUGGAUCUCGUCCAGAAAGGCUACAUGCGAAUCCAGCAGUUCCGGAAGACAGAUGGUUCCUAUGGGGCUUGGUUACACCGGGACAGCAGCACAUGGCUCACAGCCUUUGUGCUGAAGGUACUGAGUUUGGCCCAGGAGCAGGUGGGCGGCUCGCUUGAGAAGCUGCAGGAGACGGCCACAUGGCUGCUGUCCCAGCAGCAGGAUGAUGGCUCAUUCCUGGACCCGUGUCCAGUGAUCCACAGGGACAUGCAGGGGGGCUUGGUGGGAAAUGAUGAGACCGUGGCGCUCACAGCCUUUGUGACCAUCGCCCUUCAUCAUGGGCUGGCUGUCUUCCAGGAUGAGAGUGCAGAGCAAUUGAAGCAGAGACUGGAAACCUCCAUCUCAAAGGCAGACUCAUUCUUGGGGGAGAAAGCAAGUGCGGGGCUCUUGGGUGCCCAUGCAGCUGCCAUCACGGCCUAUGCCCUGACACUGACCAAGGCCUCUCAGAACUUGCAGGAUGUUGCCCACAACAACCUCAUGGCCAUGGCCCAAGAGACUGGCGAUAACUUGUACUGGGGCUCAGUCCCCAGUUCUCAGAGCAAUGCCGUGUUGCCCACCCUGGCUCCUCGCAGCCCAACAGACCCCAUGCCCCAGUCACCGGCCCUGUGGAUUGAAACCACAGCCUAUGCCUUGCUGCAUCUAUUACUUCGUGAGGGCAAGGCAGAGAUGGCUGACCAGGCUGCGGCCUGGCUCACCCAUCAGGGCAGCUUUAAAGGGGGAUUCCGCAGCACCCAGGACACAGUGAUCGCCCUGGAUGCCCUGUCUGCGUACUGGAUUGCUUCCCACACCACCCAGGAGAAGGAACUCAAUGUGACUCUCAGCUCCAUGGGCCGAAAUGGGUUCAAGUCCCAUGUGCUGAAGCUGAAUAACCACCAAAUUCGGGGAUUGGAGGAGGAGCUAGAGUUUUCCUUGGGCAGCAAGAUCAGUGUGAAGGUGGGAGGAAACAGCAAAGGAACCUUGAAGGUCCUUCGUACAUACAAUGUCCUGAACAUGAAGAACACGACCUGCCAGGACCUGCAGAUUGAAGUGACAGUCAAGGGCCACAUCGAGUACACAAUGGAGGCAAAUGAGGACUACGAGGACUACAACUAUGAUGAGCUUGCCAAGGAUGACCCAGGGGCCCACUUGCAGCCUGUGACGCCCCUGCAGCUGUUUGAGGGACGCAGGAACCGCCGCAGGAGGGAGGUGCCCAAGGUGGUGGAGGAUCAGGAGUCCAGAGUGCAGUACACCGUGUGCAUCUGGCGGAACGGCAAGGUGGGACUGUCUGGCAUGGCCAUCGCCGACAUCACCCUCCUCAGCGGGUUCCACGCACUGCAGGCUGACCUGGAGAAGCUGACCUCCCUCUCUGACCGUUACGUGAGUCACUUUGAGACUGAGGGGCCCCACGUCCUGCUCUACUUUGACUCGGUCCCCACCUCCCGGGAGUGCGUGGGCUUUGGAGCUGUGCAGGAAGUGGCUGUGGGGCUGGUGCAGCCGGCCAGCGCAGCGCUGUAUGACUACUACAACCCUGAGCACAGAUGUUCUGUAUUUUAUGGGGCACCAACUAAGAGCAAACUCUUGUCUACCCUGUGCUCUGCUGAUGUCUGCCAGUGUGCUGAGGGGAAGUGUCCCCGGCAGCGUCGCGCCCUGGAGCGGGGGCUGCAGGAGGAAGAUGGUUACAGGAUGAAGUUUGCCUGCUACUAUCCCCGAGUGGAGUACGGCUUCCAGGUUCAGGUUCUCCGAGAAGAUGGCAGAACUGCUUUCCGCCUCUUUGAGACCAAGAUUACUCAAGUCCUGCACUUCACCAAGGAUGACAAGGCUGUCGCUGGUCAGACCCGCAACUUCCUGGUUCGAGCCUCUUGCCGCCUUCGCUUGGAACCUGGGAAAGAAUAUUUAAUCAUGGGUCUGGAUGGGCUCACCCGUGACCUCAAGGGAGACCCGCAAUACCUGCUGGACUCAAACAGCUGGAUUGAGGAGAUGCCCUCUGAGCGCCUGUGCCGGAGCACCCGCCAGCGGGCAGCCUGCGCCCAGCUCAGUGACUUUGUCCAGGAGUACAGCACACAGGGGUGCCAGGUGUGAGGGCCGCCCUUCCACCUCCCCUGGGAAGAGCCUACACUGGGGAAAGAAUCUGCUGGAAGUACUGCUGCACCCGGUCCCCUGAAUGUAGCCCUGGCAGGGGCAUAAUAAAGGAUUUUGGCAGCAAAGUGUCAGUGU